AUGAGAGACAAGGGUAGCCGGGAAGCUGCGUUCACGUACGCCAUCACGGCCGCCGGCGUAGCCCAUGCCAUCACGGCGGCGUGUAGCCAGGGAAACCUGAGCCAGUGUGGCUGUGACCGGGAGAAGCAGGGUUACUAUAACCAGGAAGAGGGCUGGAAGUGGGGAGGCUGUUCGGCAGACAUCAAGUACGGCGUUGAGUUCUCCAGGAGGUUCGUGGAUGCCCGCGAGAUCAAGAAGACCACGCGCCGGCUGAUGAACCUCCACAACAAUGAGGCAGGGAGAAAGGUCCUGGAGGAGCGGAUGAAGUUGGAGUGUAAGUGUCAUGGCGUGUCAGGCUCCUGCACCACCAAAACCUGCUGGACGACCCUGCCCAAGUUCCGAGAGAUCGGCUAUGUCCUGAAAGACAAGUACAACCAGGCGGUUCACGUGGAGGUGGUCCGGGCCAGCCGACUACGCCAGCCCACCUUCCUCAAGGUGAAGAAGACCCAGGGCUACCGCAAGCCCAUGGAGACCGACCUCGUCUACAUCGAGAGGUCGCCCAACUACUGCGAGGAGGACGCAGCCACGGGGAGCGUUGGCACCCAGGGGAGGCUGUGUAACCGCACCUCGCCCCACACGGACGGCUGUGACCUCAUGUGCUGUGGCCGGGGCUACAACACGCACCAGUACACCAAAGUGUGGCAGUGCAACUGUAAGUUCCAGUGGUGCUGCUUCGUCAAGUGCAACACAUGCAGCGAGAGGACGGAGGUGUUUACCUGCAAAUAAAGGGGCAUGACAUAACGGACCUACAGUACGGUACUAUAAUUGGGAGGGGCGUGGCAGGACUAGCUGGAUGACAAGGAAGACCCCCAGAGAAAAGAGAAAAGGACAUGUCUUGGAAUAGUGAGAGAUUUAAAAAUAAAAAGGAAUGGAAUGUUCAAUAUCAGCUCUUCAUGGCAUCGUUUUGCACAGCAGAAUCUAUAUGAGCUUUUUAAAAGAAAAGUGAGGGCUAAAUAUCAAUAGGUAAUAAUACUAAAAUCUUUGACUGACUGAGACAGAAUAAUGUGUGAUCACGUACUGAUGUAAAAGUUAGGACUACAGGAAGCAAAAGGUGCCUGGAUGGGAACUGUGCAUUGCACUCUGGAAUUUUUUGAUUUUUUUUUCACAGAAUGGAUUCUUCAUGGAACAGAAAGACAGACUCUGGAGAUGUGGUAGAAAAGGACAGUAACUGUUAAGGGAUGAGACAGUCCUGAGACUCUAAAAGUCUUUUAGUGAGAACUUAGAGUUUUACUUUCUUUUUCCACAGAGGGAGAGCUCAGAGGUGAAUAUUUGAGCCCCCAAACUGGAGGUGUAUCUUUUUGGAGCUGUGUAGACAUGAAGAACGCUGUGUAAGUGUGGUGCCUUGGGGCACAUUGAAAGUGGAGAAGUCUCUAUAGUAAGCCCUCUGCUGCCAACUGGAAUACGGUGGAGUAUGUUAGUUUUCCAGUCACACUGGAACUGUCUGUUUGAACACUGAAAAUAAAUUGUUUAUUUAUGUUAUAGUAUCUUAAAACAAAGCACUAACGGGUAGAAAUGUAUUUUUUUGUACUAAGUGUAAAAAUUACUUUUUAGAAAACUCUGACUGAAGAUAAUGCGUGUCUUUUAGAAUAUGGCCCCAUCCCACUAUCAAUCCCCCUUUUUCUAAAAUGGUUUCAUUGCUACUGGUGUGUUGACUACAUAAAACAUCAACAAUACAGGGUAUUUCACAUCACAAUCAAUCACAUUGGUUAUAUUUUGCUGUAGCAUAGCUUUUGUUUGCAGUCAUUUAUGCAGCAGACGUUAGGCCUACAUCCUGUCUGGGUUAUUUAGCAUAGACAGUCGCAAGAGAACUAAUCUCUUAACCGCAAAGAUCCUUCCUCAAUUAUUUAAACAUGAUGUUUCUGGAUGUAUUGUAGAGUGGUACACUGAUAUUAGUUUCUAUUCAGAAACGACCAAAAUUAAAAAGAAAUAAUCUCCCAUUUGACUGCUUUUUGAAAUUUAUUGCAAAGAAAAACAAGACUGAGAAUCAAAGAAAAACAAGACUGAUAGUCAYUGAGUGAAGUCUGCUGGUCGUGAGAGGAAAUGUUAGGUUUUAGCCAACAGUUUCGGUAAUUCACUGCAUCCAAAGCUGUGUUGGCAUUCUCAUCUGUAUUCAUUGGUUGUGGUUAUACUAUACCAAGUGUCGGGCUAUGUAGAGUUUCAUUGACAUAAACCAUCAGUAUACACCACUGAUCAAAAACAGUCAUUAUUUUCAGCAUCUUUUCGUCAUGCUUAAAGCUAGAAUACUUAGUUGCAACAUCCAUUUUUGGACUUAUAAACUAAUGGUAUAUACCCAUUGAUUUUUGAAGAAUAUAACUUGUAAAUGCCUCAUGAGCUCAUCCUAUCAGAACCCCAAAUAUAAGCCUGUUUUACUCCAAUGUUUGUAAACAACGUAACCAAACACUGUACAGCCUUAAAACAUGAUUGAAACUAUAAUUUUGAUAUCAGGGAUGGUCAGUCAUUGCAUCCAUAGCUCUGUCUAUGAAUUUGAGAGUGGUUACAUUUCUCCAGGCCCAUCCCUCAACUUUUUCCCAAAACAGAAGCGGGUGUCCACUUUGGUAUAGUUUCAACAGUCGAUUCUAGCUUUAACCUUCAUAUGUUGAUAAGAGAAUAUUUGCUUUCUGCUUAUUUGAGAUUAUGAUGACCCAGGGUUUACCUGURAGAUGGGCCAGUUUCUUUCUUGGCUCAUUUUCUUGGUUUUCAUAAGAUAGACAGAUCUGUCAUCAUAGGUUGUGCAUAUUGAAUAAUAUUCACUCAAUUUAGGUGAAGGUGCUGUUUUAUGAUGGUAAUGAUGUAAAUCUAGUCCUUAAUAGUUUUCAACUAUGCUAUCAAUGUAAGUGCUACUCCAAUGCAAUACUAGUGUAAUUAACUGGAUAGUCUGCUGACUAAAGCUAACUAUUUAAUGUCAUCUAGAGCUGUAGCUGAGGAACGCUCAACUCUGUUCUCUUAUCCGCUUAUAUCCGUCUCGAUAUAAGAGAACGGAGUUGAGUGUUCCUCAGCUACUAGAGGUGCAGGUGUAUAAAAUUAAUAUGUUCUAAUUUUGAUUAGUACCACCGCAGGCCUGUUGCUAUUUCUAGAUACAGUAUGAACUCAGCAACAAGGGGACAAAAGCGUGAAAAUGAUCCAAACCAUCUCUCAGACAGUUUCUCAUAAUAUUACUAAUACACAUUUAGCGACACCAAAACAAACAAUAUGAAAAACUCAUCCUGAAUCAGUUAUUUCAAACCUCUUUGGCAGAAGACCAUACAGUUGAAGUCGGAAGUUUACGUACACUUAGGUUGGAGUCAAUAAAACUCGUUUUUCAACCA